AUGCCAUUUUCUUUCUCUCAACCAUGCCCCUCAGGGGCACUUCUGCUGGUGGUGUCAAGCCUUCUUUUAUGGGAGAAUGUGGCCUCUGGACCUUUGAAUAGCAAUGAAAAUGAUGAUGAUCCACUAGCUAUCAAGGGACUGCUUCAUAAUGCCAGAAGACUGACUCAGAAUAUCACGGACCUCAACAUGGAACUGCGCAGGACAUAUACAGUCAAGGAAGUCUCUGAAAAAUUACACGAUCAGUAUCUAUUUGAGUUUAUUGAGGAUAUGGAGUUUCUGGUCAAGGCUCUCACCUGCUGCCACAAUUAUUCAAUCAAAACUCCAGAAAACCUGGACGAAGCUCAAGAGAUCCCUUUUAAUGACUUUCCAAAAGUGAUCCUCAGUAGAAUGUGGGCUUGGAAUGAAACUUCUAAGUUUCUACUGACCAUACUCAGAAGUAUUCCAGGAAUGGAUAAUGAUGUCAUUUUAUUAGCCAAAGAUAUUGAAACAAAACUUGCAGAACUUUUUAAGUAUAUCCAGAGUAUACUCAGCUUGAUUUAUGGAACAACAGAAAAUGUGGAUAACACUGUCUUUUCCGGGCUUGAAGACUUAAAAACAUCUGAUGAAGAAUUUAGCUUUUUUGCUCUUUGUAAAUUUUCCUAUUGCUUACGUGUAGAUAUACAUAUGGUUGAACUUUAUCUCAAGCUAUUGGAGUGUGUGGUAACUGUUAAUAGUGAUAUUUGCUUAUCUACCAAUAGUAGAGAUUCUUCAUGA